AUGGCCCCUGGCCCCGUGCGCCGUCCCCCACGGGGCACCCUCAGCGGCCUCUUCCAGCUCUUGGGAGACGCCCCGCCCCGACCCGCGGGCGUCCUCAGCACCCCGGGGAGCAGCCCGCUGCCCCCCCAGGCGCCCCGCAGACGCCGCUACACGCUGACCCCCGCCCGGCUGCGCUGGGACCACUUCAACCUCACGUACAGGGUCCUCUCCUUCCCGCGGAACCUGCUGAGCCCCAGCGAGACCCGGCGCGGCCUGGCCGCCGCCUUCCGCAUGUGGAGCGACGUGUCCCCCUUCAGCUUCCGCGAGGUGGCCCCCGAGCAGCCCAGCGACCUGCGGAUAGCAGAGUUCCCCUUCCCCACCGUGGCCGCCACUGCGCCGCCCCCCAGGACCAAAACCAGGCUGGUGUCCGAGGGCAGGAACGUGACCUUCCGCUGCGGCCGGAAGAUCGCCCACAAGAAGGGCAAAGUGCACUGGUACAAGGACCAGGAGCCCCUGGAGUUCUCCUACCCCGGCUACCUGGCGCUGGGCGAGGCGCAGCUGAGCAUCGUGGCCAACGCCAUCAACGAGGGCACCUACACCUGCGUGGUGCGCCGGCGGCAGCGCGUGCUCAGCACCUUCUCCUGGCGAGUCCGCCUGCGCGCCUGAGCGCCGCUCCCAUAAAGCGCUUCCUCCUCCCA